AUGAGGACUUUCGGACUCCUACAUCUCUUGCUGGCUACCCUCAGCAUCCUCGUUGUCCUCAUCUCGGCCUCACCAGUCGAGAUCCCACCUCCUCCACCCCCAACCGAUGUUCUCAACUCCACAACCACACUCCCCACGCCCGUGGUUCCCUUCAUCUUCAACCCUGACUUCGUCUCCCUCGAAAGACGCGGGCCGCCCGAGAAGGACAUUUGGGUAGGCUGCGAUCGCGUGGACGUAGGCAAGCACAACUGCCCCUUGAUGAAGAAGGCUUGCUUCAUGUUCUUCGAAUACAAUUAUGCACCAGGCAGUAUUGGGAGAGCGAAAUACAAAGAUCUUUGCAAGAGGUGGAUCUGCGCGCAGACGUAUGGUGAUUGCUCCCCUAAUUCCUGCAACUGGUGCCCUUGA